CUUCCUUUACUGACAGUCAUCAGCUUGUUGUUCUGUGUCAGCCAAUCAUCACCUCAGCAAAAAUGGCAUCAGGCUUUCCGUUUGCUUUGUUGCUCUGUUUGUCCAUCGGACUGUUGGCUCCAUCUUGUUAUGGACAAACCCCCUGCCCAGAUCCCUGCCCACCUGGUUGGACUCAGUUCGGCUCUCGCUGUUUCAGUUUCAACUUCCAGGGAAAGAGUUGGAUCGAUGCAGAGAACUUCUGCAAGGCCGCCGGUGGGAAUCUGGCUUCAGUCCACUCAGAAGAGGAAUAUGAAUUCCUCAGAACCUUCAUUAACCAAGUGACUAGUGAAAACAAAAAUUCCUGGAUCGGAGGCUCUGACUCAGUGCAGGAGGGCGUGUGGAUCUGGUCUGAUGGAUCCACAUUUGACUACAAGCACUGGGGUCCGGGGCAGCCUGACAACGCCGGUGGGGCUGAGAACUGUCUUGAGAUGAACCAUAAUGGAUUAAACUGGAAUGACGGGCAGUGCAACAAAAUACUUCAUUUUGCGUGCUCCAAGAACCUGUGAGGCCUCCCGCCAUCAUGAUCUCACUACAGCUCAUCUAUAAUCUCUAUCAUUGAUUCACUUUCAGUUUGUUGUGCAGACAGAAACAGCUCUCUGCUGACAGACUCACUUUCACUUGUUUAUUAUCUGAAGAGUUAGAAAACGGUUCACAUUUGAGUUUUAACAUUAGAAGGAAACUGACUCUCUGAGCUGGA